AUGAUCAUCCCGAAUCUGGAGAUAGUGUACCCUUCAAACAUCAAACUCGCACCGCCUGGAUGGCGACCCCAAGUGAACAUCAUCUGCAUCCACGACCUGGGUGGGUCUCCCAAGUCAACAUGGCACCACGACGAGUCCGGCAAGACCUGGAUAUCCGAUCCCGAUUUCCUCGGCGGCUCCCAGGACUCGGUCCGGGUGUGGACGUACGGCUACAACUCGGAGCCGGCGCCGAACAUGACGCCCGCCAGCAUCGCCCUCCAUGCAGACGACCUUCUGGCAUCGAUGAUGAGCGAGUACAGAAAAUGCCUCGGUGGUCCGACCAUCUUCAUCGCUCAUGGGCUCGGGGGAACCAUAGUCAAGAAGGCGGCGGAGCUCUACACACGUUGCCCGCAGCAUUUCAUCAUCAAAGACCUCACCGCAGGCAUUGUCUUCCUAGACACCGUCCAUCAUGCGACUGAUUCCGAGGGCGUCCUUAAGGCGGUCAACACAACAGUGACGACCAGCCUCACGAAGCACUCCAUUAGGCCAUCCGCCGAUGAUAUUCGAGAGUUUGCAGAGGCUGUCCGCAAAGUCAACAAGGCCUUCGUCGACCAAACAAUGCCCGGCUUCUUGAUUCUGAACUGCGUUGCCAAGCGGCCAAUAAAGCUUACCGACGACGACGGCACAUCCUUCAAAGCUCUGGUCGUGCCCAAGGGCCGCGGCGAUAUCGACUCUCUCAACGUCAGGACCGUAUCAGUGGACUGCGACCACUUCGAGCUGACAAAGCUCUCCUCGCCGUCGAGCCGGAGCCAUGUCGUGCUGGUCGAGAACAUCGAGUUCAUGAUGAAAAGCAUCUCGUCGAACAAGAAACGGAUCUUCUUCCCCAUGCCUCCGCCGACACAGCCGAGCACCGGCAACCCGCGGCCGCCAUCGCCCGGUCCUUCGAGACCCUGGAGACCCAAGCCCUUGCCACGGCCCCCAAACACGCUUGGUCCGCCGCAACGAGAUGGAAAGGAAGAGUCGUAUAACCUGUGGAUCAGGAAGAAGGAAACUGAGAACGUCAAGAGUCAUUUCGAUCUCCUCCUCACCAAACUCGGCACAUGGGACCAAGCAUAUCUCGGCUACGACAUCCACCCAAUUCCCGGAACAUGCUCCUGGAUACAGUCAGAGCCCGACUUCCAGGACUGGGUCAAGUCCAGCACCGCCGCCGACCUGUACGUCUGCGGAGGCGCCGGGUGCGGCAAGACGUAUCUGGCAAAGUCCGUCGCCAACUACCUGAUAGGGGACCGUUCCCGGUCGUCCCCUGGAUACGACCACAUCGUGCUAUCCUUCUUCUGCAAUACGAGCGCGACCAGCAACAAGAGACCCCCUAUCCUGGAGUACUUUAUCAAGUCACUUUUGCAAUCCUCGUCGUGGUUCCAAUCCCUGUCGUCCGACUUCUGGCUUUUUCAAGACGACCGCAGCAAGCUCGAUCUGAAGUCUCUGUUCGAGAUCCUACGCCAGUUGAUGGCGAGGCCUCAGCUUAGCUUUGGGCCCCCGAAAACGACAGAGGUCUUUCUGAUAGUGGACGGGCUUCAAGAGUGCGAUGCAUCCUACGUCCAGGAGUUCCUCCAGCUGGUCGCCAGCUUCAUCGACAGUCCCGCCCCUCGAAUCUCACCGCCGACGGCGCCCAUCGACCCAACGCGGCCCUUGCCUCGGGAAACAGUCCGCUUCAAGUUCCUCUUCACGCACGCCCCGAACGAGAUCAUGUUCCUGGCGACUUCCCGGGCGGCCAGGAUCAACAUGGCCGACGCGGACGUCACGAAAGACAUCGCCACGUACGUCGACAAAGAGGCGGCGGCAAUAUUCUCGGUCAAGGCGUCGGCGCAGCCUCUCCCGGAAAUCCGCGCCUGGAUAAAGAGCACAUCCGGCAGCUUCUUCCUCUUCGCCAAGUAUUCCCUGCACGACGCGGUUGCGACAGCCAGGGACGGCGACUACGACUCCUCCAUCACCUCGAGACCUCUGCCGUGCCCCGAACGGCUCGGACAGUACUACGAUCACGAACUCCUCCCGUUGCUCCAGAGCAUAGACAACCACAACUACGUCCUCUCGACGCUGCAGAUCGUCAUCGGUGCCGAGAGGUUCGUCAGUCGAGAAGAAAUCCGAGACGCCAUCGCCUGCCUCCACGACGAUCCUCAUCUGCGUUCCCUCAACAUCCAGACCGUUCUCUGGCAGAGGUGUUCUCGGCUGAUACGUGUCGACGCGAAUCUCGAGUUCCACGUCUCCCACCCGUCUUUGCGUCUUCACUUCGCCUCCUACAUCAGCGAAGAGCAGCAGCACGCAAACAUGGCUUUCCUGUGUCUAAAGUAUCUCUCACAACCCACCUUCGGACGCGGCUGUACGACACCGUCUUCAGAGCUGUCGAGGCAGCAUCCGUUCUACGAUUAUGCGGCUUGCAUGUGGGAUGACCACUUUCAUCGCUCCAACGGAGAAGGCCUGAAGUUGCUGCCCCUGCUCGGUCGUUUCAUCACUUCUCCCUGUUACGACAUUUGGUCCUCGUAUAUUUCCUGGCAUACUGCCACGAAUCAGUGGGUGUAUGGAUCGCCGAUGUACCAUACCCUUAUGUCAACCACAUGGAUUCCUCCUGUUAUCGCUCUCACAUGCGCCAACACCGGCCAUCUCGCUCACGAACUCGUCACAAGCUACAGUGUGGCCGAGUCUGGACCAAAGUUCUGGAAUCACGAGAUAACGUACUCCAUCCAAAAGUUUGUGAAGAGGCUAACGGCUUCCCACGCCAUGACAAAGCUCUUCGAAUGCAAGAGUCCCGAGCCUGACUACUCCGUGCGGGACGCCGCCGGCCACACCCCUCUCAUGAGGGCAGCGAUGGCCCGUGAAGGCCUCCCCGACAUGAUCAGAUUCUUCCUCCAGCGGACGCAGGACGUCAACGAACGAAGUUUCAUCCACGGAGACACGACCCUCCUGCUCCUCUGCCAUUCCCUCCAAACCGACGACGAUGACUUCCUCGCCUACAUGAUGUCCCUGCUCCUCGAUUCCGGGGCCGAUCCCAACGUGUCUGGAUUCCAAGGGAAGACGUGUCUCCUGGAGGCGUGCGAACGAAACUCGCUGACAAUGGCGAGUAUGCUCCUCCGCGCCGGUGCCAGACCGGAUACAGCGAACAUCGCCGGCAUCACACCCCUCUUCGAAGCCUUGAUGAACUCAAGCGAGGACAUGGUUGAGUUGCUCCUCGAUUAUGAUGCUGACCAAAGUCUGGAGUUCCAUUGGCCAAACCAGCAAACGCCUCUCACGGCCGCCAUUGCCGAGCGCAACUUUGACCUCUUCUGCCUCCUUCUGCACAGAGUUGACGACGUCAACCAGCUGGACGGUCUGGGUUUCGCACCCAUCCAUCUAUUGACAGCGCCGGAGAACAUUGGUUGGCUGGCUCGUCUCCUGGAACGGCCCGACCUCGACCUCGAACUCCUCUCGGACGGGUGGGAGGAAGAUUGCACAAAGCCCAUACGUCGGACGCCUCUAUGUUUUGCGAUUGUCCAUGACAACUUCAGAGCGGCCGAGAUGCUCCUGGUAGCAGGCGCAAGCCCCUGCCGACACCCGGAAGCGACAGACGAAACACCGCUCUAUAUGGCCGUGAAGUUAGCCAGGACUACGGAGAAUACUAAGAGCAGCAUCAAUAGCAAUGAAGACAACACCGACAACACCAGCAACGUCGACAUAGUCGAGCUGUUGCUGGAAUACCAAUCGCCCAUCAACACGUUGAGCCACAAGUCGAAGAAGUACGCAAAGUCACCGCUGACGUUGGCCGUAUGUCUGCAAGACCAGAACAUGGUCGAGCUCCUCCUGCGACACGGGGCCGAUCCCACCUUGGAAGAAGCCUACGGGUUCCCCGGUCCCCUGGACGCGGCCAUCGACGACGACGAGGAAGUCGGCAUAAGGUUAGUCAGGACCCUGCUCGACAGCCCCUUGCCCCCAGACAUCAACUACGUGCCCGCGAACGACGACGGCGUAGACCAUAUCCUUAUCGAAACGAGCGGGAAGAGAGCGGAACUCGUUCAGCUGCUGCUCGACUACGGCGCAGACACGAAGUGCUUCCUGUCCCCGUCUUCGAGCUGCAACAUGACGCCGCUCCUCGGCGCCGUGAAGGAGAGCAACAUCGACACCUGCAAGGUCCUCAUACGACACGAGCCAGGCCUGGUCAACCACCAAUCCAAGGACGGACUCGUCUACGAGACACCGCUUCACAUGGCCGCCAGGGAGGGAAACUCAGAGAUAGUCCGCAUACUCCUCGAGGCGGGCGCCCGGCCGGACCUUCCAUCGCACCACUGGCACGAGACACCGCUCUGGUCGGCGUGCUACAGGGGCCAUCUCGAGAUUGCGCAAUCCCUGUACCAAAAGGCGCCAGAGACACUCGACACCCCCUCCUACGACGGCGAGACGCCCCUCAUGGUCGCCUGCGCCGCCGGAAACCUGGCUCUGGUCGGCUUUCUUCUCGAACGGGGCGCCGACAUCGACGCGAGGUGCUCGAUGGGCAGGUCGUGCGUCUGCAGUGCCGUCUCGGCUGACGACGGCGCCGCGCACCGCAUCGUGGGCCUGCUCCUCCGGCACGGGCUCGGCGUCGACGACGUCAUCAGCGCCGUCGGCACCACCGUUCUCGGCGAGGCCUGCAGGGUCGGCGACGUGCAGACGGUCCUGAUGCUGCUCGACAAGGGCGUCGAUCCGGCCAAAGGGCAGAAGCCGCCCGGGAACAGCACCUCCGACAACACGCUAUGGAGGUCUGCGCUGCGGAUCGCGGUGAUCAACGGCCGCGCCAGUAUCGUAGAUAUCUUGCUCCGGCACCCUCAGCUCACGUCAUUCGUCGACAGCGCCGACUACUACGGGGAGAACGCCCUGCACAUGGGCUCCCUGAUCGCACGCGCCGCCGGGUCCGAAGUCGCGACUAUGAUUUACGCGGCUUGCCAGAGGCUCGAGUCCGAGACGGGGAACGACCACUUCCAGAACAUGCUGGCCACCGGGAACCUGGAGGGGCAGACGCCCGUGGACAUUGCCCUGGGACGUCUGCACGAGAGGCUGAGCGGCGAGGCGUUGGCGAACACCGACGAGACUAUCCGCCAGUUCGUCACGGAGCUGACAGAGACCGAUGUGAGAACCGUUGUGCGACACAAGCAUCUCAUGAGGGAUCUUUCGGUCCUCCUCUUGCAUCGACGAGGAUACGACAGGCAGGCGGUGCGUCUGCUGCAGACCCUGACGAUCGACGUGGAUAUCAAAGAAGAGGACGGCCACUUCGUUGAGGGAACGACGUGCGUGCUGUCUUGCGACGGCUGCGACGAGGAUGAGCAAGAAGCCAUGUCAUUCUGCCGGUCAUGCCGCACUGUUCUGUGCCAGAGAUGCGUCGCCGAGAAUGGCCGGGACCAUGAGAUGGUCCCAGUCCCCGUGAUGAAAGAUCGGACGGCGACGGACUUCAACUCCGAGGAGAUUCGGGAAGUUUUCGAUGUACUGAUGAGGGACUUUGUGAUCGAGAAGAACCCCUUGUUCGAGGAUGAAGCCCCGGUGGUUCCCUUUGAGGUUGACCCCGAGUCUGAGGACACGACGCUCUCGCUGGCUUCACUCCACGCCUUCGGGUACCUCGAGUUCCGACGUCGGGCCUGGGGCCCCUAUCUCCCGCUGGCGCCGGCUGUAUACGAACGGAUCCGACCAUGGGAGGCUGUCAUCGAAGGCCCCAGGAGGAGGUUCCAGGAAUGGGUUUGGGAGACCGAGGCGUCUCCGUUCAGGCUGCGUGGCGAGCUGGGGUAUUUCCUGGAGGCCGGGAGGAGGACGGCGUACAAGGACUUGGAGACCGUGCUGAGGGAGCAGGUUGUCAGUGAUGUUGCAAGGAUGUUUGCCCACAAAGGGCGUUCAGAAGACGGCAAGCGGUUUUCAACCCGGCCAGGAGGUCCGAGACGGACGAAGCAGCUUGGUUAUGGCGAUGAGUAG